AUGCGAUAUAAAAGUUCUUAUCUUGGCCAUUUGACUCAUGAACAUGGUCUCAAAGUGGUGUUUCAUAUCGAACCAUACAAUAGACGUACGGCUGAGAGCAUCAAAGCCGAUAUUCAAUGGAUCUAUGCCAAUUAUGGUGCUCAUCCGGCUUUUCAUCAACAAGUUCGAUCGACGAAAUGGGGCACGAGUAGGAUGGCUCGAGAAAUUGUCUAA